AAACAAACAAUUAGCUACUGCCGCUGUUUCUGUUAAGGGUUUACAGUUGUUUCUCUGAAGAAGAAGAAGAGGGUUUUAGGGUUUUUGUUUAUCAGAAAAAAUGGAUAGGUACCAAAAAGUAGAGAAACCUAAGCCUGAAUUACCCAUUAACGAGAAUGAGAUCAGAAUUACUUCACAGGGACUUGUUAGAAACUACAUCAGCUAUGCUACUAGUCUGCUUCAGGAGAGGAGUGGGAAAGAGAUCAUUUUGAAAGCAAUGGGUCAGGCAAUAAGCAAGACUGUAGCUGUUGCAGAGAUCAUUAAGAGAAGAAUUCCUCGUCUGCAUCAAGAUGCUGCUAUCAGCUCAGUGAGCAUCACAGAUGUAUGGGAACCUAUUGAAGAGGGCCUAUUGCCUGUGGAGCAGACUCGGCAUGUCUCAAUGAUUUCAAUCACCUUGUCAACAACAGAACUGAACAAGGACUCUCCAGGGUAUCAAGCACCUUCUGAUAUUCAGCAGACUAAUUACUACAACAAUAACAACAACUACGCCCCACGUUAUAGUUACCAGCCUCGACAGCAGCAACCACCACCUAGACAAGCACAAGCAGUUUUCAAUGCUGGUAAUGAAGAUUCAUAUGGCCGAGGUCGUGGUCGAGGCCGAGGGCGUGGUAGAGGCAGGGGACGUGGUUGGAACAGAGGUGGAUAUACAAAUUACCAAGAUGGAUAUGAUAACUAUCAAGAAAAUGGUGGGUACUCAAACUGGGGGCGAGGUGGAGGCCGUGGUGGCUGGGGAUAUCGUGAUUCUGGAUAUGGAAGAGGCAGGGGUGGAGGUGGCAGAGGUUAUGGUUAUGGUGGUGGACGUGGACGGAUGGGCAACCGUCCAAGGGGUGGCAAUAACAACCAGGCUUAGUUGUUGGUUGGACCUCUAGUUUGCUAUACCAUAAACGCGGCUUUGGCAUAAUGGUUUUCUUUUGUCCAAUGUCUGUCUAAAAAAUGCAUGAAAUUAUUAUGGCUUGUUGCAUCGACGGGUUGUCUUGUUUUCCAGCAUCAUUAUAUGUGAAAACCAAGUUCAAGUAGUAUUUAUGCAAUUAGGACAUAUUCUUUUGUUUAUCUUAAAA